AUUUAAUAAUCGAAUUAAUAAUACUUUUCUUUGUUUUAUAAUUUAACGACUAUUUACUUAUUUAUGCAACGCCACCUGGGUGUAAAAGAAAUUUAAAUUACUUUAUAGAAUUUUUUAAAUUUAACGUUUAUAUGGUUAAGCAAUGCCAUCUAGGUGUAAGAAUCCUACUUAGUUAAGAUCGUAAACCUUUAAAAUACAACAAUGUAUACUAAGAUACCAUUAUAAGCAACCAUGUACUUGACUGCGAAAAUUUAAUAUAAAAGGAGUCAUAGUUAAGUAGUGUGGGGCAGUCUUCGCCGAGCUUCGAGUUAGGUAAGACAAGUUACUUGUACGGUGGUUGGACCGCUGGCAAAUAAUUUAUCUUAUUAAAUGAGCUAUUGUGAAGCAAUGAUUCUGGUGGUUGGACCGCUACGAACCUUUGCUUAAGAAUACUCUUUCUUAGAUGAAGUGUGGUUGUUGCGGAGUUUGGAAUUCCCAACAACACACUUAUCUGACGUGGGGGAGUUUCUCCGCUAGUGAUACUCUCGUGGUUGGACCGCAAGAGUGUAUCUGCUUGUGAGAACUCCAUGAAGCAAGGUUGAGGUUUAAGUGAGAAAUAAACUUUAUAACGUUGUGAAAAAUACGUGUUGUUCUUAUUUCUCUUGGUCUACAAAAAUAUAAAUUUUUGUAAUGAACCACUGGCACCGGCAAGUAUACCCCAGCCAGAGACAACGUUACAAUGGCGCCCGAGCAGGGACCGAGAGAUUAAGAAAGUGGUGUUAAAAAAAAAAAAAGGGAGUUUAAAAAAAAAAAACAAAAGUAGACUGUAUCAAAAAUGUGAAUGAUUGAACAAAAAGAACAUAAUAAGAGAACUGUGUUAAAAGAAAAAUAUUAUUAUAAAAUAAUGAUCGCGAAAGGAAACAAGAAUUAAAAACAAAUAGAACUAACUGAAUUAAAAACUUUAAUUGUGCGUGGAAUCGUGUUUUAUCCUUGUUUUAUGUUUUAUAAGAAAAAUAAAAGAAUUACGGUGAAAAAAAAAAAAUAAUAUAAUAUGUUGAAAUCAAGUUGGGCAUAUACUUUAAAACGUGACGAACUAUCGUCUUAUUUAAAUGAAUUUAAAUUAGAUACCGUCGGAACGGUCGAAGAACUCAGAAAGAGAUUAGCGAAAUUUAUUAGCGCCGAACACGACGAAGAUGAAACUAAACGAUUAUUAGAGAUACAAUUAACACAUGAGCAAAAUUCAUUAGCGUUACCUGGUUCGAGAAACGUUACCACCCCUUCACCUGUUAAAAUAGAAUUAAAUCAUCCGGUUAGUCAACCAUCAGUAGCAGUGUCGGUUCCAGUUUGUGACACAGAUAACAUCAAAACAAAUUUAAUUGAAUAUGUAAGAAAAUGGGGACUUUCGUAUGAUGGAGGACGGGAGCCUUUAGCAUUCAUCGAACGAAUAGAAGAAUUAGCCGAAAUUUAUAACGUACCUUUAAAUCAAUUUCCACGAAUUAUGCCUGAAUUUUUACGUGAUAGAGCACUUAUCUGGUUUAGAAAUAACAAUGGACACUGGCAAGUAUGGAGAUCAUUUAAAUCCGAUUUUUUAUCAUUUUUUCUACCUUCGAGAUAUUUUGAGAAAUUAGAAGAUGAAAUCCGUAAAAGAAUUCAACGUCCAAGAGAAGUUUUUAAAAAUUAUGUUUUAUCAAUUCAAAAUUUAAUGCGCCAUUCUAACUUAUCAGAAGAACAAAAGUUGCAGCGAAUAUUUCAAAAUGCUCUUCCAGACUAUCAGUGGUAUAUUAAACGAAAAGAUUUCUCAUCCUUAGCUGAAUUAAUAACAUUAGCUGAAGAUUUAGAAAGCAUUCCAUCAACACAUUCACAAACUCGCGUAGAAAACCCACGUGCUUUAGCCAGUACCACAAUAGGCCCAGAAAAUAAUUGCUAUCGUUGCGGUAACCCUGGACAUUAUGCAGCAAGUUGCUCUAGUAAUUAUAAUAACCGCUCGGGAAAUGCUUCUGGAGGUCGUCGGAACUGAGG